AUGUCCAGAUCGACACCUUCAUUGGCUCAAGCACUUGCACCCCGUCUCGACCGCGCCGCGAUUCACGCAACCUCCCGCGCCCUCAUCCUCCUCGUCGAGUCAUCCACCCAAAACCACAGACUGUCUAUGUCCCGACUCGUCGUUGCAAACAUCUCGACCGUCCUUGCACACUGGCUUUCAACCUCGUCGAUCACUCCGACCGAUCGACUUCCCGGCAAAACUCUCGAGAUGUUCCACGGCACACUCCUCAUUGCUUGCAACUUACUCGAACUCCAUCCUACGUUGCGCACGUUGAAACAUAAAGUCCCGAGUCGCCGCUCGAUUUCCGCCUCGGACCGUGACGGUCCUUCGCAUUCUCAAUCCAACUCGGCGACUCGCUCGACUAGCUUUAUUCGUGCGAUCAUCAUCCCACCUCUGCAAGAUGCGCGUUCGUACCCGCUUCAGCAGCCCUGGUCAUGCGGUCAUGGACCGCGAUCAGCAUCGCACGGUGCUCCAUCCCUUCUCGCUUCGCUUGUCACCUCGCUUGGGACGAACUCGUUUGGCAGUCACAACACGAGCAACGUCCGAAAGGUCAGUGAGUGCCUUUAACCUGAAGGCUUUCCCUUCCUCCACACCGCGUGUGGCAAAUCUGUGCCCUCUUGCUUAUGUUUGACUUUUCUUUCGCUCCACCAGGUCAUGGAUUUCGGCCUGCGCUUAACUCGACUCUUUAAACUCCGACUCGCUCGAAACCGUUUCUAG